UAAUCAUCCGAAUUAUGAACUGGAGUGCUCUACGGACUGACAAGCACAUUUCUAUCUGGAAUAUGCCACGAGCUCUCUGGGUCAUAUCAUUCACUUUUCUGGCUCGUUACAGGAUCCCACAUCUUUUUUUUCAAGUGCCAAGCAUCUUGACUGAUGCUUCAAGCUGUUUGGCUUAUUACGACUCGGACUCACGAGGUGCCGAAGCUCAAGCUUUCAAAGCGUGCUAUCAAAGUAGUCCAUUCUUCGUUCAAGUUUCUUGCAAGUUUGUCAAUGAUAUCAUCCUACUCAUGUGUUAGUCAGAGCAGAUAGGCUCGUGAUCACUAGGCGCGUUGCUUCGAAUCUCAGAUAGAACUCGAACCAUUCGCUCAAUGAAUCUCC